GAACAGCGAACAACUGUUUGCGUUCGCCCGUCGCAGCGCACGCACGCAUGCAACUUGUUUUUUAAAACGCUUUUUAAAAAUAUAUAACAAAAUGUCGGAUAUAGAGGAGAAAUUAAUUAAAAGUGUGAAGCAACAGGCGUGCUUGUAUAAUAAAUCAAAUUCUGGUUUUCGCAAUCGCCAAAAAAGAGACAGAGCAUGGGCACAAGUCUCAAUGGAAUGUGGACUGCCAGUUAAACAAAGCCAAUGUCGCUGGAAAACACUGCGCGAUCGUUUCGUGCGCGAAUGCCACAAAUGCAGCGAUUCACAAAUGGAUUCCAGCCACUGGCGAUACUUCAAGCAGCUCCAAUUCCUGCUGGAGCACAUCAAACCACGCGGCUGCGGUAGCCUGGAUGACCAACAACUAGACUUAGAAGUCGAUCUAUCACUUGACAAUGACGAAACAAAUCGCAGCUACUCUAGCGAUCCGCACUGCAAGAGCGAGGCCAACGGGGAUGAUCCGCUGAGCGAGGCAUCGUCCAGCCCAACGGAGCAACCGCCGCUGGGUCUGGAGCAGGCACAAGAGGAGUUUCUCAGAGUAAUGGGACUGCUGGAGACCGUCUUGGCGCAGAAGCCGUCGGAUGUGCCUCAAGCAGAUCCCUUCUACAAAUAUCUCGAGAGCAUUCUGAGUCGCGUGGAGGCAAACGCACGCGCGGACAUCCAAUUGGAAAUACUCAAUUAUGCCAAUCAGUUGGUGAAGAAUGCAAAAACACAAAGUGCCAGCUAAUACAUAGAGAUAGUUAUAGGAUAAGCUGAAGGGAAUGGUAGAUACCCUGUGCUUAAGGAUAAAUCGAAUUAGUAUCAACUGGAGAUGGACAGCGAUUUGUAUCGAUAACAAGAAUAUCGAUAAUUAGCAGCGAAUCUGAUUACAUUUUCGUAUUACAUUUCGAAUUUAACGUCUGCAGUUCGUAACGGCUCCGAGAGAUACCUUAAUUUUUAUCGAUAUUUGUUUCGAUAUCGAGCACCCAUGGCAGCUAUCGAUAAUUGGCAGCGAAUCUGUUUACAUUUUCGUAUUACAAUUCGAAUUCGAUUGACAUAUAUUUAGACUAGUUUUCUAAUACUUAGUUUAUAUAAAUAACUAGAACUAGAAUUGUUGUCGAUAAGGCUACGAAACUCACCUGUGUGUGUUUUUAAAUGCGUGCGCAGAUUCCCGAUGGUGCUGUAGCUGCGAUAACAGUUUUCGUAGUUGCAUUUGUAGCGGCUCAGAGCUUCGUCCGAGCUCUGCGCGUCGGGAUCGAAGAAUAGACAAUAAAUAUUAGUUAAAUGAGCCAA